AAUAAACCAUAACCCAACUAAAUAAUCUAAUCAUAAUAAACAUCUAGUUAUUAGAAUUUCAAAAUAAUAUUGCAAAAGAGGAUAACAUAAGACAAGGCAUAUGAAUGGGUAUAUCGAAAUGGGUAUGAAGUUAUUCCGACCAUCAACUAUAACUUUGAUAAUAGUAACAACUUUGUAUAUAUUGAUAUCCAAAGUGAUAUUCGACAAGAUUUAUGCGACUUCCCAAGUAAUAGUUGAUGAAGAAUUUCACCUACCCCUGGGGGAAGCUUAUUGUCGAUAUGAUUUCAAUCAGUGGGAUCCUAAAGUGACUACAUUUCCUGGUUUGUAUCUGCUCAGUACGUUGCUCUUCGGCUAUUUCAAUUUGUGCUCAACCUAUUGGCUACGAUUGGUUUCAUUCAUAAGUUCUACCUGUAAUAUUAUACUGUUCUAUGUAACUCUGAAAAGCUACAACAAAGAGGUCGCAUGGAAAAAUAUAUUCUCCGCAAUCAAUUUAUCAAUACUGCCGCCACUAUAUUUCUUUAGUCACAUCUAUUACACUGAUGUUUCUUCAAUUAUGAUUACAAUGUUACUGUUAAUCAGUGCAAGGAAGGAAUAUCAUUAUCUAGCUUCAAUCUUUGGUGUUCUCGCAAUAAUGAUGAGGCAAACCAAUGUUAUAUGGAUUGGAAUGUUAUUCGGGGAUUAUAUACUGAAGCAGCUCUUUGUGCUUUCUUCGGAAAAUAAUGAGCAUAUAAAAACAAUUAAAAUUCCUUUGAAGGAUGUUCAACAUCUGACCAAGAUGAUUUUGACAAGACCAACUCAUAUCUUGAAGAAGGCCAACAUGCAACUUGUUAUAAAUUGUUCGGUAUAUAUGUCGGUUCUAUGCUGUUUUUUAUUGUUUGUUUAUUGGAAUGGAAGUAUAGUUGUAGGUGAUAAAACUGCACAUGAAGCUACAGUACACAUUGUUCAAAUGUUUUAUUUUGCAACAUUCACCUUACUUUUUGGUUGGCCACAUUUCCUGAGCAGCAUUUCGCCAUUUUUUAGAUUUGCUCGAAGGAAUAAGAUUCUAAUGUUGGCAUUAAUUGGAAUCUGUCUCUGCAUUGUGCACUUCAAUACAUUGGUUCAUAAAUACAUGCUUGCAGAUAAUCGCCACUAUAUAUUUUAUAUUUGGAAUAGAUUUUACGGUAGAUAUUAUCUUUUUCGUUAUGGUAUGAUUGUUGUCUACAUGUUUGCUAUAUAUGGAAUUUUGUAUAAAAUAUGGGACAGUAAUGAUAUUAGUUUUCUGCUCAUGUAUGUGUCAGCAACAAUUUUGGUGCUUAUAAUGCAGAAACUGAUAGAAUUUCGUUAUUAUUUGUUCCCUUAUAUUCUGUUCCGUCUUCAGAUCAAAAAAACAACCCUUACUAUUUUAGUUUUGGAAAAUCUGACAUAUAUGGCUGUGAACGCAUUCACUUUCUAUAUGUUUUUCAAUAAAGAAAUUAUUUGGGAUUCUUACGAUUAUCCCCAAAGACUUAUUUGGUGAAUAUUUAUUUACUAUCAUCACUAUAAAUUUUUUUGUGAUCAAACGAAGGCAUUUCAUAAUUGUUUUCAUCCUAUUAUGGAAACUAGAAUUACAUUGGAUGCGAAUGUAAAAAUUAUAAUAUUUUCGAUCAGAGUGCAAUAUUUUUAUAAAGGAUGUUUUUUUGGAAAUUAUAUCAAUCAAACUUCCACUGAUGAUAUGUUUCGAUUUCGAACUGAAAAACUGAAUUAGGUACAUGAUUUUUACUAGCAAGAGUUAUUUAAUCACUUCACAUGUUUAUUAUAGUAGCUUCUUCAGGUGUGUAAAGGUUUACAUGUGAAAAUCAUGUAAUUCAGUUUAUUAGUUUAAUUCCGGAUUUUCAUCAGGUAUCGGCCACAUUAAUCAAUAUUUCGAUUUCUACCAAAGAAACAGCCUGGUUCCUGUUUUGUAUGAUUGUUUGGCACCUUUAUGUACUUUUUUGUAUAUAUUUUCAAUGAAAAUCGUUGCACAUAAAUCUUAGAUACAAAUAUUUGACCGUGCCAAUCUUUUUAUGUGUCACUGUUUGUUUCUCAUGUCAUUAAAUAAUACUUAUAAAGAAUGGAA